AUGUGUCUCAUGAACAACAACGUGACCGUAGACUGCCACGUGAACCCCAACAACCAUGGGUUCACCGUCCAAUACGUCCACGCAAGCUUCUCUGCCGGAGACCUUCCCUUCCGCAAUUUGCAUCUUUGCGCUGACACACCCUCGGGCACAAUCACCUUGGUCCGCACCCAGCUAGCAGAACACACAGUGCUGGAUUGGGGACCACUGCCCGGAUGGAGCUGGCUCAACACCUGGCGCUUCAGUCAGCCCACCACGACGCCACGGGAUGUCCUGCACGCCCAUAGCCGGAAGGAACUUCGGGAAUCCUGGGUGAAGUACCGAGGCGGCUCAUGGCCUACCCUGGGGCUCAACAUUGCCCAGCGUCCCAAGGCCGACGUAAACUUCGACCCUCAAAGUCAGCUUGAAACCCUCAAGACCAGCCUGCGGGAGUCGCCAGACAUCUACAUUGGCCACGCUUCCAUCGCCAGCGGCGACGAAAUCGGCAACCCAGAUCAAUUCAACGAGGAUAGGCGAAACAUGCUGUCCCGUUACACCGCAGGCGUCGACGACUUCGCCCCGAUCGCCCGCCUCAAGCAGCAAGAGGCUGCCCGCAGAGCCCACUCUAGCCUUGCCGCCAGCGAGCACGCCACCAUAGACGACAUCCUGGACGCAAUUGUCGCUCGGUACCCAACCACCCCUCCGACCUCACCCCCGCAACCACGUUGUCCUACGCUCCGAGCUAAGAUCACGCCGUCAAUGACAAAUCUCAUUGACUACUAA